UUUCGACCGCGUUGGAAGCGGCACCCCAUUCUCCAUUCGUCGCCUUCCGCCACAUCCUACGAACCCUCGCGCCAUCAUGGACACGCUGUCUGUCACAAUGCUCAAGCCGUCGUCCGCGCUGGAAGAAGCCACCCGCGCGCUCGGCUCGUUCAUCAGCCUCGGCUCGGACCAAGACACAUUGGACAUCAUGCAAGACCUCAUGUUCAUGCGUAAAACGUUCUCGAUCAAACCAACCGUCGCAGUGUUCACGGCACCCAAGGAAAAGAACCUCAACACGAUCUCGGAAGAAGAAGAGUGAGCGACGUCGCACCGCACCCAACCCCUCCACGCGGGAGGGGUAUUGUUAGCUUUUGUUGGCCAGGCUGGAAGUUCCUCCAUUGUGCUUCGUCAACGCCGUAGGAAUCCCAUAGGUUUAGUCUACUCGCCAUCGUACUUUUGGAAGUAAUCUAUUUAACUCGACGUGGCUACCCCA